AUGGGCGAAGUCGUCACAGCGUCAACUUCAGAAGUCGAUACAGCACUUACAAACACGUCCUCAGCUUCUGCUACUCCCUUCACCAUGUCCAAGCCAGAUAAGCUCGCCAAGAUUGGCAUCCGCGUUAUCCUAGACGCCGCGCCAGAUCGCCCCGCUACAUUGCCACUCAUUCAGAAGCUUGAUUACGAACAUGCCUUGGACAAAGCGGACUCUCUUCUUCCUCCCCUUAUCCCGAAGCUAGGGGCACUGGAUCCAAGAUGGCACUGGCAAGACGCCUUCAAUAGCCUCGGAACUGAUGCCAAGACGAUUGCACAAAAGAUCAACGAUGAGCCCACGGGAGAGGCAGUCAAUGCCGCCUUGGAUGACUUCUGGGAGAGGAAGUUUGGCCAGUAUGAUGAGACACCACUUGAGUUCCGCGUCCAGUAUGUUUUUGAAUACAGCAGCUCAGGUCCGAUAGACGGCCAUCGAGGCUUCUUCGCCGGACAAGUCUCGGUUCCCGGAGCGGCCAAGUUCUUCGAGUCCGAAGCCAUAUUGCGACACAUGCUCCAGUCCUUCCCGCAAGGUGCUCUAGUUAUCGAGCCGCAAUGGAUGGACAAAGUUAUGCAGGAGGAUGAGAAGCACAAGUUCAUCAUCGGCAAGGAAGCCGAGAUCAAAGCCGCCACCGACAAGUACUUCGCUGAAGGCGGCAGUCUGGCCAAGUGCGGCGCCCUGUUAGGGGCAACCAACGCGGUGAGGAUACAGGGUGUGGUGGCGCGAGAGAUCCACGGCCGAAAAGUGUACACGAUGGUGGUGGCCACGACCGACCAGCAUGCGCUUGACGGCGUCAACCUGUGGGAAGCCGCGUACGACCCCGCCCACCCUGAUGUCGUCAUCUUUUCCAACACGUUGCUCGGAAAGCAUAAGCUUACCUUCAUCAUGGACUGGGCAAACAAUGUUCUCGGCAAGCGGCUAAUGACGACCACAUGGAAGACCGUCCAGCUCUCCAUCGAGGCGGAAGCAGCAGGCAUCCCGCUCGAGAAAUAUAUUGCCGAUCGACACGCUGCGGGAGACCCCCGUGUCAGCAAGAUUGCCCGCAGCAGAUAUGUCUUCGCGGGAAUGGACGGCGUAGCAUUUAUCCCGGCGACGAUCCGCAAGCACCUAGGAACAAACCUGAACAUUGAGCGAACUCACUGCAUCAUCCUUGACGCAAGGGCAGACGGCCCGGUGGCCGACAAGCUGCUGAGCCUCAAGCCGGAUACCCCAGAAUCCGUCUUCAGCGAAAUGAACCUCAGGGUCGAGAAACAACCACAGGGCUUCUUCGUGCACCGAGCCCCCGCAGACCCGUUCCUGCUAAUGCACUUCGGUGCUAUCUCCGUGCCGCCCGCUCUCGGGUCCGCGGCCCUCAACGCGGCGCGGAAUCCCGCUGAACAGCUCAUGGACAGCACUAUGGUGGCCAAGAUCCGCGAAGACGUGACGGAGCACAUCAACAGACCCAUACUCACGACGCUGUUGGAGCAGAGGCCAGCGAGUAGCGCGAAGAUGAUUGAGAACAUGCGCCGGGACACGGCCUGGACGAGCGUAGUCGACGACUACCUGCUCACAGAGGUCACGCCAGACUUGGAAGCCCAGGUGCGGGACGUUCUGAAGUCGGACGCACAGUGGAGCGAUAUUCCCGAUCUGCUGCUUGAGAAGGCGGUGCUGAGCGCGGCACGGGAGACGAUUUGCUUGCCGCUGUUGGCGCCGCAGGCGUACGUGGAAAAGAUUACGUCUUUGACUGUGUACGAGACCAUGAAGAUUGCGGUGCCGACGCCGGUGACGCUGGAGAAUAAGGUGAAGGCGCUUACGCAGGCGGCGGACGCAAUGGACUCGGUGGUGCAGGGUAUGAAGCAGCAGCUUGGUGAUAUAGCCAAGGACAGCGCCGAGUAUAAGGAGAAGGAGAAGGAGAUUUAUGAGAAGGAGCAAAAGGUGAAGGAGCUGACGGAGGAUAAGGUCGGGGUGGAACAGAUGUCGGAGGAGAUGAAGAAGGGGGAGGAGGGGUUUAAGGAUAUUGACGUGUCAGUUAAGGAGAUGGAAAAGGAUCCUAAGAAGAAGAUAUUUGAGCAUGGAAAAUGA